AUGUAAAAUCCAUUAAAAAAAAGUCGAACAUUUUUAAGAAGAAAAACAGAUUUAUUAAGAGAUUAUUUAACAGGAGGAACUGCUCUCUUAUUAUUUGGAUUAUUUAUCUCAUUUCAAUAUAAGAAAAUCAAUCCACCUGAUCCUGUAGAUGAACCAUAAUGUAUAAAUUAACAAAUUAUCAAGAUAGUCAGGAUUACAAUAUUCUAGAUUUUGUACAAGAUAAAAUAAGAAAAAUUACAAAUAUUAAAUACAAUUAAAUUCAAGAUGAAAAACAGAAAUAAUCUGUUCAAAAAAAAAAUGCAUAAUGA